CCCGCGCUUUGGCUUCCGGCUGACAGAUAUAAAAGGCGCGGCCGUUUCUUGUCCCAGGUCAGUCAUCGCGUUGGUUGUCCGCUGUUAACAUACACGGACACGAACGCACGAACAGACGGUUGGGCGGAUUCACACGCACACAUACGCACGCCCGGCUAUUACACGAAAGGCAGCACCAUGGUGACGGCGACGCUGGUGGUGGUGACAGUGCUGGUGACUGGGGUGUGUGCCUUGCCAGUUGGGAUUCCUUAUCCCCGCCACGACCAUGACACCUCCUAUGCCCGCGACGACCCCUACGCCCACUACCGCUACGAGGAAACCACCACGCCCAAGCCCGUCCACAUCCCAGUGACUCCCCCGCCUGAUCUCAACUUUUCUACGUCCACGCCCAGACCGGGGUCGGCCCUUCAUGCCGUGAAGUUCAUGCAGCAGUUCGGCUACGUUCCGAAGGGUGACAACGACACAGACUUUCUCUUCACAUCUCAAUCACUGGAGGAAGCCAUCAAACGCAUGCAGAGGUUCGGAAACAUCCCUCAGACGGGCCUCAUCGAUAAUGCUACGUUGGUGCUGAUGGAGACUCCUCGCUGUGGUCUUCCCGAUAUGGACCCUCAAGAUUUCCUGGACAAACCACACAUCCGACGCAAGCGAUACAUUGUGGGGUCUGGCGGAUGGAACAAAAGGAGGCUGACUUAUUAUGUCGCCAACUGGUCGCCUCAGCUACGGUCGAAGGAAGUGGUACAGAGAGAGCUAAGGAGAGCCUUUGAUGCCUGGAGCACGUACUCUCACCUACAGUUCAAUGAGUCAUCCCAUCAAGAUGCUGACAUCAUAAUCUUUUUCGCCAACUACGCGCAUGGUGACGGGUACGCAUUUGAUGGGCCUAGCGGGAUCCUGGCUCACGCUUACUACCCCUACGAGUUCGGCUCCUACGGUGGUGAUGUUCACUUCGACGAGAGCGAGACCUGGACUACGAAACCCAAGGACCAGUACUCAGGGCUGGAUUUCUUCACGGUGGCCGUACACGAGAUUGGUCACUCCCUGGGUCUGGCCCACUCCCCCGUGUCAGGCUCCAUUAUGUUCCCUUACUACAAAGGCUACACCGCUAACUUUGCCCUGGACUACGACGAUGUCAUGGCUAUGUGGGAGCUGUAUAUUAAGCGUAAACUGAAAGGGGACGACGAAUAUUUUAAGUCAACGACGUCCACCACAACCACGACACCAGAGAAUGACGACCGCCAGUCAGACGCGGCCGGUGACGACCACGACAACGAGAACGGGGACGGAGAUGGUGUCCACAAGAAAGACGACGGCGGUAACGACGAUGAAGACUUCUACGAGGAAGACAGGAAGCGCCGGGAGGAGGUCGAGAAGACAAGGGCGGAAGAACGCAGGAGGCAGCGGGAGGAGGAAGAGGAGAGACGGCGCUGGGAGGAGGAUAUCAGGAGGAAGGAGGAAGAGACUCGACGUCGGGAGGAAGAGGAACGGAGGAGGUGGGAGGAGGAGGAAGAUAACAACUGGGGGAGGAGGGAGGAAGCCUCUACUAAGCCUCCUCCUACUCUUCCAAACAUCUGCUACGGGAAUUACGACGCCGUGGCUAUGCUGAGGAGGGAACUGUUUAUCUUCAAGGAUGAGUACCUGUGGCGCUACAGUGAGCGGGGUCGCAUCCGUCCCGGCUAUCCAUCCCUCAUACGCACCCUCUUCCCGGCCCUCCCAGCCUUCCUGAAGAAGGUGGACGCUGUGUACGAGAGGGACACCGACAGUAGUAUUGUCUUCUUCAUAGGGAAGUACUAUUACGUGCACGAUGGUAACCGCCUAGUGGAGGAUUCACCGAGGCCCCUCACAGACCUGGGCCUACCGGAGAUACAGACCAGCAUCGACGCCGCCUUCUACUGGCCCAGAGCAAAAAAGACUUACUUCUUCAGCAAGAACUGGUACUUCCGCUACAAUGAUACAGCCCGUCAGAUGGACUCUGGCUACCCCAAGGACAUAAGCAAGUGGAAUGGCCUGCCUGGUGACCUUGACGAUGCCUUCACCUGGACUGAUGGACAGUCCUACUUCUUACGAGGUUACCAGUUCUGGAAGUUCGAUAAUGUGAAGAUCAAGCCAGCUGCCGGAUAUCCCAAAGAGGCACCACAAUAUUGGGCCCAGUGUCCAAGUAAUCAUAAAAAAUAACUGACAAACCCUCUAGAAAUUUUAGACUGAAAUUAUUUGGAGUGAAAACACAAAAGAGGUAUUGAACUGUCCCACAAACAAUGCUCAAUCCUGCCUACUUCGGAUCAACACUCUGCCAGCCAGCCCACUACCGCAUCUCACCUUUAGUGUUUCUUUAAAGGACAACUCCCAAGGAAGGCUACAGUACAGUACAGUACUUUUAUAAUUAAUGCUAACGACAAUCUUUUAUUCCAAAACAACCAUGAAAAUUAGUGUCACUAUUUCCAAAUUAAAAAGUAAAAUACUUAACACAAUUCUGAAGAUUUUUUCUAACAUUUGCCUAAAGUAUUGAUAAUGUCAAUUGCACAAACUCUACAACACUAGCUUCUCUCUUUUAUUUCUAAGUUAUAUCAGAGUACUGUACUAUCUUCUGUUUCUUGCACAAAUUCAUCCACAUACUGCCACAAGAUGCUAUGGGCAGACAAAAAGUGAAGGAGUUUAGUUGAUAGGUCAAGUACGAUAGGCCACGUGAAACGAAAUUUAAGACAAGUACAGUACUGUACAGCAGUAACGUUCACACCUCUCACCACUGUGUCCUGGGUUCAAGUCCUGGCCCAGAACAGAUGUGGGAAGGGUGUUAUCUAUUGUGACCGGGGUAAUCUGUUUUCUUCCAGUACUAGCACUGAACAACAAAGUUCAUAACUACCCAAAUGGCUAGUAAGCUGAUAAGCGGUGAAAUGAUUAAAAAAAAAAAUACACAAGUCAGGAUGGGGAGUUUGCACUGUUUGAUCAU